GCGCUUCAGGAGCCGUGCUUUAAGGUGCAGACAUGGCCAAGUCCAAGAACCACACCACACACAACCACUCCCGAAAAUGGCACAGAAAUGGUAUCAAGAAACCCCAAGCACAAAGAUACGAAUCUCUUAAGGGGGUGGACCCUAAGUUCCUGAGGAACAUGCGCUUUGCCAAGAAACACAACAAGAAGGGCCUAAAGAAGAUGCAGGCUAACAGUGCCAAGGCCAUGAGUGCACGUGCCAAGGCUAUCAAGGCCCUCCUAAAGCCCAAGGAGGUUAAGCCCAAGAUCCCAAAGGGUGUCAGUCGCAAGCUCAAUCAACUUGACUACACUGCCCACCCCAAGCUUGGUAAGCAUGCUCGUGCCCGCAUUGCCAAGGGGCUCAGGGUGUGCUGGCCAAAGGCCAAGGACAAGGAUCAAACCAAAGCCCAGGCUGCAGCUCCAGCUUCAGUUCCAGCUCAGGCUCCCAAAGGUGCCCAGGCCCCUACAGAGGCUUCAGAGUAG